AGUCGUGGGUCUUUUUUAAAAAGAGCCAGUUAGUCUCAAUGUUGGCCGUGCUAUGACAGCGUCAUUGCUGCUGCGUCCCCGCUGGAUCGACCCGGUCAUGUUCCUCUAUGACAACGGCUCGGAUGAAGUGAACAAAAACAUGGAGGGGUUUGCGGGAGGCAACUUUGCGGCGAAUCAGUGCAGGAAUCUGAUGGGCCACCCGGCAUCCCUGGCGCCCAGCGCCGCUUACUCCUCCACGGAGGUGCCGGUGUCCGGCAUGGGAGAACCUGUCAAACAGUGCAGCCCGUGCUCGGCCGCCCAGAGCUCCUCCAGCGCCUCCCUGCCCUACGGCUACUUUGGCAGCGGCUACUACCCGUGCAGAAUGUCACACCACAGCAGCAUCAAGUCGUGCGCUCAGCCCUCCUCUGCGUACGGAGAGAAAUACAUGGACACGUCCGGCGUGUCUGGAGAGGAGUUCACGUCCAGAGCCAAGGAGUUCGCCUUUUACCAGGGCUACACCGCCGGCCCUUACCAGCCUGUGCCAAGCUACCUGGACGUGCCCGUGGUGUCAGGUAUGAACGGUGCAGCGGAACCAAGGCACGACCCCCUGCUGCCCAUGGAGGGCUACCAGCCGUGGGCCAUCACCAACGGCUGGAACAGUCAGGUUUACUGCGCCAAGGAGCAGGGGCAGCCCAACCACAUGUGGAAAUCAUCCAUUCAAGACGCGGUGUCGCACUCGGGCGACGGCGGCUCGUUCCGACGCGGCAGGAAGAAGCGCGUGCCGUACACGAAGGUGCAGCUGAAGGAGCUCGAGCGCGAGUACGCCACCAAUAAGUUCAUUACAAAGGACAAACGGAGGAGGAUCUCCGCGCAGACGAACCUGUCCGAGCGGCAGGUCACCAUCUGGUUCCAGAACAGAAGAGUGAAGGAGAAGAAGGUCGUGAACAAAGUGAAGAGCACCAGUUAGCUCGGGUGGGAACGGCGAAACAUACAAACCAAAAAAGCUGUUUUAUUUUGGAAAAUGAACUACUUUUUAUUGUACAUGA